AUGCCGCCAAAGCGAGCGUGCGAUAUAUGUUAUCGUAGAAAGAUUCAAUGUCUUAUCCCUGCAGAGGGCCCUCCAUGCGACUGGUGUAGUCAUCAUGAUUCCGAAUGCACCUUUCAUCGGGAUGCGCCGCGAAGGAAGAAGAAAAUCAAGGUGACGCUGGGCGAUGUCCAAGGCCUCAACGACCGCAUUCAGCAACUUGAAGAUGCGCUAGCCAAGGCAAACUUGCAGCACCCGACUCAGCGAGACACCCCUGGUCAAGGCCAGCCAACUCCAGCCAUAUCUGUAUCUGAGGAGACGUCAAACUCUGCAUCUGCCCAGAGUGCAUCCUCUGCAAUUAUUCGGAACUCAGUUGCUCUUUCCGGGCAAUCUCUCUCACCCCUAGUCUUCUCUCAGACCCCCGGCAGUGUCGAUGACAGGACACCAACGGCAGAUGGGUGGCCCGGCAACUAUAUCGGCCCCAACUGGUUCUUCAGAGGCCUCCAUGCGUUUUCGGAAGACGGCCGCCAGUGGAUCUCUUCCAAGACUGGUCAAACCAUCGACUGGAGUAAACUUCAAAUCUUCACCACGAAACCAUCACCUUUCGCAAGGAUACAUGCGCAACUAUCACCAAGUCUUUAUAACCUCCCAGAUCAGGCUUCUUUACGAGAGCGUCUAUCUUCGUAUUUCAAGUCGUCCUUUCGACUGAGAUUUCCCCUCCUUGAUGAGGUUCUAUUCAAAGAGACAAUCAACGAGGCCUAUGAAGAUGCAGAGAUUGUUUCACCUUCACCAGCACACAUAGCUGCCCGGGCCUGCGUGUUCGGAGCUCUCAGUCUCACAGCAUUGUUACCAGAUAUCCAACCAAGUUCACUGGGAUUGGACAGGAAUGAAAGCGCAGCCAGAGCCAGCUAUCUUCUCAGUCGUCUUGUCGGGUAUACAAGUCUUACAACUUUGCAGACGACCCUGUUAUUGCAUGUGCAAUGUCUCCUAUGCGGUCAUUGGCAAGAGGCCGACUCGCUACUACCAGCAGCUUGCCGUACAGUCAGUGCACUCGGUGGACAUCUUCAUCAGCCCACGAAGUCCCUCACAGGAGACGUUUCUCUGUCUGAAAGAAGAAAAUGCCAUAUUAGGAACCUUUUCUGGGUUUGCUAUAUGUCGGACAAAGACUUGUCCCUGCGAACAGGCCAGCCUCCUUUUCUCGCCGACGUCUACUGUGAUCUCACCAUCCCAGACAAUUAUCUGAGUUCCUAUACCUACCUCCGUGGUCUUGAUGAGUAUACUCACCCUUCGGAUGAAUCAGAGGCCGUGGACCUCACACCACACUUUUGGGGAGAUGUUCAGCUGGGAUACCUCAAGGAGAAAGUGUAUCGACUGCUCUACUCGGUACAGGCCCUGAGAGACAAAGACAACCAACUUUUGAUAUUCAUCCGGCAGCUGGAUGACGAAAUCGAAUGCUGGCGCUUGUCCGUCCCGGUGGACUUCCGCCCGGCUCUUUCAGUCUCAUCAAAUACUCUUCUAAUCACGCCUGAAACAAAGUCACCUCACUUGCGAAGAUAUUUCCAUCUACUCCUGGAUUACUGGUACCUGAUGAUCUACGUCCAUACCACGGUCAGACGAUAUGAUGCACAUACGAUCAUCGGCGACGGGGGCCAGGAUCUUCACAGGGUCAUCCACUCAAGCUACGACUUGUCAAUGGAAGCCGGCAGAUCGACGCUUCGAUGCUUGCGGGUGUUUAUGAAUACCUUCUCCAACGAAGGCUUCUGGCAAUUGAUGUUUUAUUCCACCAAUGCAGCCAUUGCACUGUUCCUCAACAUGAUUAUACACCCAGAAGACUCGGAUGGCCAACUAGAUCUCGAACUUCUGAUAUCGGCUACUAACGCGAUCCGUACAGCGAUUCCAAGGGCACCAACAAGUGAUGAAAGUACACGUAUCCAAAAGACGUCCGACUUCAUAAUGUGGCUCAUGUGGCUCGGCUCAUGUGCCAUCACCAAGUCACAGGAAGAGGGACUGCAACACGAGUUGUAG